AUGUUCCAACCGACCAAGAAGAUGUGGUCGCCUGUGCCGCUCACACUAUCUCGCAACGAUUGCGCCAAUGGAAGAAGAUUCCUCCCGAGUUGGUUCCUUUGGGUAGGUUUCGCAUCCCCGCUGGAUAUCACCAGGACUUACACUGAUAUCAAUGAAGGACUGGUCGUCGGGGUCGCUGUUGGAUUCGCCUUUUACUCUUUGGGCCGCAAACUUGUUGUUGACAAGCAAAUGCGUCUCUCUCGUCAAAACAGAAAGGACUGA